CUCUCGGUAUUCCUUGCUGUCAUAUCAAACUUCAAAGUUGAAUGUUGGUUAAAUAUUUUGUAUUUUGUGAAUAUUGUACAACAUGAAGGAAUUUAAGUAAUUUUUAAUCGAUUACUGUUAUGAUUUUAUUAUUAAGAUUAUAUUAAAUUAUUUAAACAUGGAAGAUGACGAUCCUGUUGUACAAGAGAUUCCAGUUUACAUAUCUAAAGCGUUGUCUGAGAACCUAUAUAUAUACCAGUAUCCUGUUCGACUAGUUGGACAGAAACGUAAAGAUUUAAAAGUUAGCAAUGUAUCUAUAAAGCCUAAAAAUAAAAUUGUGAGAUUGGAGCUUGCUGUAGAUACAAAUAGCGACAGCUAUUGUGUUUCUAAAGGUGAACAAAUCGCUCUUAACACCGAUGGCCCGCAGGAACCAAGAGAAUCAAGAAGGAUAAAAACUAAAGAUAAGGAAAAAGUAAAAACGGCAUAUUUUAAAAGUGGUAUGAUGGAUAAGUUGGUGUUUCAAAGCAAUAGCCCCUGCACUGAUACAGAGCGCUAUGCUGUUGCUAUAUUGCAAGACAAUGAACUACACUGUACCCCUAUAAAAGGCAUCUUGCAAUUCAGGCCAUCCCACUCUUAUUUUGACAAACAAGACAAGAGGAAAGGAGAAAAGGGUAAGGCAGAUUCUGAUGAUGAAGAUAAUGCUACUGAUCAGCAGGUAAAUGUUAAAUUUAAAAGAUUUGAAACGGAUUUAGCGAAAAAGGCAAGAGAAAAAUCUUAUGAGGCCAUAUCGCAAAGAAUUGCAGAAGAGCCCUGGUAUGAUGCACUGUGGAAGAAGUCAGACACUCACCAUGCUGAAUUAGAACGUAUGAAGCUUUUCAGUUCUACUUCUAACGAUGGAUCGGCUCUAAGACUCGGACCAACGGAGUACAUAAAGGCAUUGUUUCCGCAUCUUAACGAUGAAGCAGAGACAACUCCAUUUAAGAAACUUUCUCUACAAGAAAAAAUUAAAGAAAUAUUAAUUAGUGCGAAACUGAUGACGUUCAGCGAGCUGCUCAAGAUGGUGCGCGGCAGGGCGGGCGGCGACGUGAGCGACGUGAGCGAGGGCGCGCUGCUGGCGGCGCUGCGCGGCGCGGCGUGCUGCGUGCGGGGCGUGUGGGCGCCGCGCUCGCAGGACCUGUACACGCGGCCCGCCAGCGUGCCCGCCCGCAACAUGUGCGCCGCGCGCGACCACGUGCUUUACCUCUUAGCACACCACAAAUAUGUCGAUCGACGUAAAAUAGCCGCGUCAGUACGUUUGCCAACAGAAGAGGUUCUGGCAAUCCUACGUUCAGUGGCCAAAUUUACUCCAAAUUACGGGUGGGAGCUUUUAAUACCGCGCGAUACAGCUUUCGAAGAGAAAUAUCCAGAUGUCAUUGAAAAGCAAAAUAUGUUUUGGGAAGCGAUACAACGCCAAUUUACCGAUAUGUUGAUUGGUGAACCAACACCUAGACGUCAGAGGAAGAAGUCUCAGAGGGAUUCGAUAGGUUCAGACUCGAUGAUGAGUCCAAAGUCUCGGAAAAAAAGUGUCAGUGAAGAUGACACGGACAAGAGACGGCAAAAGAAAUCGACUACAGGUGGUAAACGGACUAGAAAAGUCAGUUCUAGUAGUGGUCAGGAUAUGUGAGUGUAGUUUUAGUUAGGUUAUCAAAUUAUGUAUCUUGUUGCUGUGAAGUCAAUAACCCUGAAAUUAUUAGACUUAUAAUGAAAAAUGUAAA